GAUCAAAAACAGUAUUUUUGUGUCCUACUCAGAGAGCGAAGUUUGUAGAAUUUAACUAUCUGUGACAUAUUCCCUAGUACAGUAAAUAAGAUUUAAAAGUAGUCGGGGUCAGAGACAUGACUUAAUUAUCAGACAUAAGACUAUGUACACAUUUCCUAGAUGAUCCAGAGUAUUUUAACACUGUAUAUUGUUUAUUAUUAUAUGUCUGUAUGUUUAGUGGAGCGGAAGGUGUUAAAGCGUGUACCUAUAGGAACGUCAGACUACCAAGCUGCGUGGAUUGUCGACGACCACCAGGAAGAUGAUCAGGUAUGUAAAGGUUCAUAUGUUAAAAAGCAUAUUUGCUUGUUUGUUAGCCUUAUACAAUACUGAGAUUUCAUUUGCUGUAGACAACAGGCGAUUUUCUCUGAUGUUUUUUCCCAAAGUGGCCUGUUGUUCUUUGGAAUUUUGUUUUCAUGUUAACAUUUUAAUUUUCAAUGCCGUUGUCAUUCAUUAUUUCACCACUACAAAUGGUGGCAUUGUUAUGGUCUCGAACCUUUAUGCGGAGGGUGUUCAGCGUUUUGCAUCCAGUGGUGGGUGUUUGGAGUUUGGCAUCUGUAAGAAAUGGUAGGUUGUGACAUUUAGCAUGUAAUGCCUUAUUUUGCCUGUUGUUACAACUUUAAUGAAACCUAUUUAAUGUUGUCAAGGUGAUGUCUUAAACAUUGUUUUUUAAUUGAAAAAAUGUUUACUCAUCUUUGCCCGUAAGUUCGAUAUGCUUGUAUUAAUCUUAGUGUCAG